UGUAGUGACUGUAUUCGUUUACUCAGCGGCUAUAAUGCCUUGAAUGCUAAAAUUCUAAAUUUUUCCGUAUUUUUUAAUCAAUAUGUUGUGUACCGAGUAAGAAAAUAAAACUGAGAAUAUUGCCGUAACCGACUAUAACAGUUGUUCGUAGAAAAAUCCCGUUAAGAUGUCUAAAUGGCAAUCGGAACGCAGCAUCCACGAGAUGUUAAAAGACACUCCACCUCUGCGCGAGUCCAGCGACUCUAUCACGUCGGGCACAGAGGCCAAGUUUCCCACGUCGCGGUCCAUGCCCUUCCCGCCAGCAUAUGUGCCCCCCGACGUGUCGCAGAAUGGCGCGGCGUCCAGCACGCUGCUGCGGGCGGGCACGUCCAAGCUGGACGCCAUCCGCAACUGGGGAGUCUCCACAUACAAGUGCACCAAACAGAUACUCUAUGAGAAGCUCGGUAAAAGCUCGCGGACUGUGGAUACUGAGCUGGAGGCCCAGAUCGAGAUGCUGCGAGAGACGCAGCGCAAGUACGCGGGCGUGCUGCGUCUGUCGGGCGCGCUGACGGCGCAGCUGGGCGCGGCGGCGGGCACGCAGCGCGCGCUGGGCGAGUGCUUCGCCGAGCUGGCGCAGAAGUCGCCCGAGCUGCAGACGCAGUUCCUGUACAACGCCGACACGCAGCGCACGCUCACGCGCAACGCAGACACGCUGCUCGCCGCGCUACACUUCUUCAACAACUCGCUCGCCACGCUCACGCACAAGACCAUCGAGGACACCUUGCUCACCAUCCGCCAGUACGAGGCCGCCAGGGUGGAGUACGACGCGUACCGCAGCGAGCUCGAGGCCAGCGGCGGCAACCCGCCCGAGCUACUGCUGGCCAACAUCGAGCGCCACCGCCGCCACUACGAGCGCCUGCGGGACGACUCCGCCGUCAAACUCAAGCUGCUGCACGAGAACCGGGUGAAGGUGAUGAACAAGCAGCUGUUGUUGUUCCACAACGCGGUGUCGGCCUACUUCAGCGGGAACCAGGUGGCGCUGGAGGCCACCGUGCGCCACUUCAACAUCGCGGCGACCCCCGCGCCCGCCCCCGCCCCCGCGCCCCUGCCGCCGCUGAGCUCGCCCCCCGCGCCCCUGUCCGCGCCCGCGCCCCCGCCCCCGGCGCCUCGCCCCGCGUAGUACUUGUACUACUGCAGCACUCACGCGAUUUCCUAUUUCUCUAACAUUAAUGCAACGUUUUUCUAUUGGUUAAUUGUCUAACGACAUAAUAUGUGAAUAUAGGAAACCGUUACAUUAAACGUCAAUGUAACACAUUUUCUUUCCCCAUCAUUCAGAGUAUGAGACACACAAUGAAUCUGGGAAUAUAGUUCUACUAUGCGUCCCAUACAAACAGUACCACUCACAUGGUUCUGUUUCUAUGUCUUGUAUAGGUAUUCCAAGUGGUUAAGAUCUCAACAGCUAGUUUUGUCAUUGUAUUUACUAAAUUGAUUGCUUAUUUUAUGUAAGCUGUAUUCUAGCAAGUCCCUUAGGUCAUAAGAAUAUUUUUGCACUUAAUGCAAUUUACGCCUGUAUCAUCUGGUCUACAUUAUCAACUAAAUUAAUUUAAUUUAUUUUAUUAUGAAGUCUUAUAGAAUAGUGUUAAAUAUUUUAUUACAGUAUUAUAUUGCUUUAUGCUUACUACCUAGUUAAUAAAAGUAUUCCAACCUAAUCUUCCAUAAGAGGUACCAGGCAGUGUGGCCAUUUUUUUAUAUAUAUCAAGCAAAUUUGUGUAAAAUUAUGGAAUAAUUACAUAAUGUUGAGAAGGCGCCCGUUUUUCCAUACUGACUGUCUUGAGCACACAGCGCUAUAAUUAGAUCAUUGUUUAAUAUAUUACACAAGUCCACUCAAUUUGAGAAAUGAAUAUUAUUUGAUUAUUGAAAUUGUUCAUGGUUGGUCCUGUUCAUUAGCACUUUAAAUAGAAUCCAAGAUGAUUAAGACUGAAUCUUAUAAGUCGAUCUCAUACAUUUAUAUUCUCUCCGAGUCAAGUAAUCAGGGGAUUGUUUAGGGUGCUAGUGAAAGGGUACAGUGCUGACAAUACAUGCACAGGUAGCUUGAGUAUCAUAGGUAGGUUCUAGAGCACAUGCUCGUUUAGCUAGUCAAGUUAUUGUUUUAGUUGAUUGUACUAUCCAUGUGACUUUAUUAUUAUUUUAGAGAACUAAUUAUACACUAUUAUUGUAAAUGUAUGGCAAUGUGUUUAUCAUAUUUUAUAGGGAGUGUAAAAUAGAUCACUGGCCUCUUUAUGAUAUUUUAUUUACACCUUCAUAUUAGUGUGUAUGCAAAUAUUACACAUGAAUUGUUAUGUACAACCAAUUGUAAGUACAUAAAAAAAUGUACUGUCAACGGCCCAUCGCCAUACUGCCAGCCUACACUCUGUCCCAGGGAACCACCAGUACACAUCUUUAUAUCUGCUAGUGAUGUUAAGCCCUCACAGCUUCUCUGUUACUAUCGGCCUUGUGUUUUUCUUCAUUUUCUGCCUUUAGCUUUUCC